CUCAAAGCAGCCACUAAAACAGGGUGGAGGUGAAAGUGAAAGCUGGAAGCGUUAAGUUUAGCUUGGGAAGCCCCAGAAGACAAGGCUUUCUGCUCCCCCUGGCCCUACUCUUCGGAAGGGCCCAUAGAUCCUGGGUCAAAACCUGCACCCCUGAGAUGCUUAAGCCUCUACAGGAGCCCCGAGGGGGCUUCUCCUUCGAGAACUGCCAGAGAAACUCAUCCUUGGACCGCGUCCUCCAGGGGCUCCGAGUCCCUCAGGCGCGCAAGACCGGCACCACGAUCGCAGGACUGGUGUUUCGAGAUGGGGUCAUCCUGGGCGCGGAUACGCGGGCCACUAGCGACAAGGUUGUGGCGGACAAGAGUUGCGAGAAGAUCCACUUCAUCGCUCCCAAAAUCUACUGCUGUGGGGCUGGAGUAGCCGCGGAUGCCGAGAUGACCGCACGGAUGGCGGCGUCCAACAUGGAGCUACACGCGCUGUCCACUGGCCGUGAGCCUCGGGUCGCUACGGUGACCCGCAUGCUACGCCAGACUCUCUUCCGGUACCGAGGCCACGUGGGCACGUCGCUCGUCGUGGGCGGGGUGGACCUGACUGGACCGCAGCUGUACAGUGUGCAUCCCCAUGGUUCCUAUAGUCGUAUACCCUUCACCGCCCUGGGCUCUGGACAAGAUGCGGCCCUGGCAGUGCUGGAGGACCGGUUCCAGCCAAACAUGACGAUGGAGGCUGCACAGGGACUGCUGGUGGAAGCCAUUACUGCAGGGAUCCUGGGUGAUCUGGGCUCUGGGGGUAGCGUGGAUGCAUGUGUGAUCACCGCAACCAGUGCCAAGCUGCUGCGAACACUGAGCACACCCACAAAGCCCAUGGAAAGGCAAGCUGGAUACCACUUUCCUCCUGGAACCACUGCUGUCCUGACCCAGGAAGUGAGGCUAUUAGACCUAGAGCUCCUGGAGGAAACAGUGAGGGCCAUGGAGGUGGUGUGAGUGGCCUGAAAUUUACAAACCCAGAAAAUAUAAACAAAUGAACAAA